GUGACAUUAAUUUCAAAACAGUUAAAUAUCUGUGCAACCCAGCGUUUAUCCUUUUAAUUACAAUGCAUUUCCAAUAAAAAGACAAAAGCAGAUGUUUAACAGUUAAAACGCAUUGCAUUGCCGUGAUUUUGCAGAAAACAUACUGAUUUGUUCAUUGUUUAAAUGACUUGGCAGCUCUGGACCUCGUAUCUCAGCAGAGAUCUGGACCUUCAGUGAAGCGUGUCCCUCAUGAUCUGGGAUUAUAUAAAGCAGGAAUAACUAUAAUAAUCUAGCAUGGAGUUUGUCAGAGUGCUGAUUGGGGACACGAGCGAUCCAGAACCAUUCAAGAUAUUAAAGGAUGACCCCGAGGAACACACAGACCUGGUGGAGGUGAAGGAGGAAAGUCAAGAGCUGAAUGAAGUAGAGGAGAAACAUCCGUUCGAGGAGCCUCGUGCAGUCAUAACCAGUGAGAAAUCCUCCAGUCGCACACAGACUGAAAAUAAAAGCACGCAGAAAACAGCGCUCAUCUGUUCUCACUGCGGAAAGAGUUUUAGACAGAGAGGACACCUUGACGAUCACAUAAGGACUCACACCGGAGAGAAGCCUUACGCGUGCCUUCACUGCGGGAAGAGCUUCACGCAUAAAGGAAACCUUAAGGAUCACAUGAGGAUUCACUCGGGAGAGAGACGGUUCGCGUGUCAGCACUGCGGGAAGAGGUUCACGCAUAAAGCCAACCUCACGGAUCACAUCCGGAUCCACACGGGAGAGAAGCCGUUCUCCUGCGAUCAGUGCGGGAAGAUUAAUUAG